GGUUCCCCGAGCUCGUCCCGGACGCGCGCCCGGGCAGCGGGGGCUCGGCGGCCACCGCUGCCUCGGGGGAGCGAGGGCGGGAGGGUGUGUGUGCGCGCUGUGAGCAGGGGGUGCCGGCGGGGCUGCAGCAGAGGCACUUUGGAAGAAUGACUCUGGAGUCCAUCAUGGCGUGCUGCCUGAGCGAGGAGGCCAAGGAAGCCCGGCGGAUCAACGACGAGAUCGAGCGGCAGCUCCGCAGGGACAAGCGGGACGCCCGCCGGGAGCUCAAGCUGCUGCUGCUGGGGACGGGAGAGAGUGGCAAGAGUACGUUUAUCAAGCAGAUGAGAAUCAUCCACGGGUCUGGAUACUCUGAUGAAGACAAAAGGGGCUUCACCAAGCUGGUGUAUCAGAACAUCUUCACAGCCAUGCAGGCCAUGAUCAGAGCCAUGGACACACUCAAGAUCCCCUACAAGUAUGAGCACAAUAAGGCUCAUGCACAAUUAGUUCGAGAAGUUGAUGUGGAGAAGGUGUCUGCUUUUGAGAAUCCAUACGUAGAUGCAAUAAAGAGUUUAUGGAAUGAUCCUGGAAUCCAGGAAUGCUAUGAUAGAAGACGAGAAUAUCAGUUAUCUGACUCUACCAAAUACUAUCUUAAUGACUUGGACCGCGUAGCUGACCCUGCCUACCUGCCUACGCAACAAGAUGUGCUUAGAGUUCGAGUCCCCACCACAGGGAUCAUCGAAUAUCCCUUUGACUUACAAAGUGUCAUUUUCAGAAUGGUCGAUGUAGGGGGCCAAAGGUCAGAGAGAAGAAAAUGGAUACACUGCUUUGAAAAUGUCACCUCUAUCAUGUUUCUAGUAGCGCUUAGUGAAUAUGAUCAAGUUCUCGUGGAGUCAGACAAUGAGAACCGAAUGGAGGAAAGCAAAGCACUCUUUAGAACAAUUAUCACAUAUCCUUGGUUCCAGAACUCCUCGGUUAUUCUGUUCUUAAACAAGAAGGAUCUUCUAGAGGAGAAAAUUAUGUAUUCCCAUCUAGUUGACUACUUCCCAGAAUAUGACGGACCCCAGAGAGAUGCCCAGGCAGCUCGAGAAUUCAUCCUGAAGAUGUUCGUGGACCUGAACCCAGACAGUGACAAAAUUAUCUACUCCCACUUCACGUGCGCCACAGACACCGAGAAUAUCCGCUUUGUCUUUGCUGCCGUCAAGGACACCAUCCUCCAGUUGAAUCUGAAGGAGUACAAUCUGGUCUAAUUGUGCCUCCUAGCCACCCACCCUUCCCUUCCCUGGUGGGCUAUUGAAGAUACACAAGAGGGACUGUAUUUCUGUGGAAAACAAUUUGCAUAAUACUAAUUUAUUGCCGUCCUGGACUCUGUGUGAGUGUGUCCACAGAGUUUGUAGUAAAUAUUAUGAUUUUAUUUAAACUAUUCAGAGGAAAAACAGAGGAUGCUGAAGUACAGUCCCAGCACAUUUCCUCUCUACCUUUUUUUUAGGCAAAACCUUGUGACUCAAUGUAUUUUAAAUUCUCAGUCAUGCACUCACAAAGAUAGGAAUUGUUUCUCUCUCUCUCUCUCUCUCUCUCUCUCUCUCU